UGAUCAUACAGCCAUGACGCUCAAACUCAAGCGGACGAGCCAUUCCCCUUCCCCAUUUUCAUGGGAAGCUCUUACCCCACCACGCGCGAGCUCUCCAAAUGCACCUGAAGUUACUGGUCUUCCUCCGCCGCCAACAUCAUGGCUUUCUGCCCGCGACAUGAAAAUAUUUGGUGCCCAGCCGCUACGUGCUGACAUUGGCGUCGUGCGUUGUACAGAAUGCGACAAGCCUAUCUUACGGAGCGCGAUUUCCGAACACAUCAACAAUUGUAAUGACAUUCGUUCAGGGAAGAAAUGGGUCAAGGGCAAACCGGCAGAUAGCGAAGUUGAGCUGAAGAAAGGCAAGAAGCGGGCUGCAGAUGGCGAGGAAGGGGAUGAAGUUGGCGAGCCGUCUAAGAAGAAGACCAAGAUCACAAAGGGGCGUACUAAAGGCCCCGUGGACUAUAACAAGCAGUGUGGAGUGAUCAAUGAUAAAGGCCUCCCGUGCUCGCGCUCGCUCACGUGCAAAGCUCACUCCAUGGGUGCGAAGCGCGCUGUUCAGAAUCGCUCGAAGGCGUAUGACGAGCUUUUGCUCGAGUGGAACCGUGAGCACAACCCUAACUGGGUGGAGCCGGUAAAGAAGGAGACGAAGGCAGAGAAGAAGGAGAAGCGCGAGAAGGAGAAGGCGGAGAAGAAGCGGCUUGCACAGGAGGCUGCAUUAGCAGCUGGACUGGAAGGGAAAGGCAUGCCGAAGAAACCUGGCAGGAAGGCGAAUACGUCUGGCACUGCUGCCACGCAACUGGACAUCGAUGAGGCCGCGGAAAACUUGGAUGACCUAGACUCAGAAGCAGAGGUCGACUCGUUGGUGAAGGCCGUGCAGAGUGCGCAGACGCGCGGGAUUAUUGGAGUGCCACUGGCUGUCCCAUCCUCGGAAAGUUCGUGGUUUGUAUUACGGAGGGAGCGCCUACGAAACUGUCGAGAACUGCUUGCGAGUGCGCUCGUUCCAUCCAGCGGACGUAGUAGCAUCGCAGCGACUGUCUCUAGCAUGACACUGGGGUAGAUAUGGCACCACCGUGACCACUCCUGUUCCAUUUAUUUCAUCUACAGCAUAUUACUCACGGAUUACUGGGACAUUUCACUGUGCCAAUUAUUUGAUAUAUUUCUCUAGCUAUCAUUAUUGUCAUCUUUAGCACACGUGUAGCAGUAGAACCUCACGAAGUUCACGAAUAGCUUGUCAGUCUCUCAUUAACUGGGU